UCCUGUUUGGGUCGUCCCAAAAAAGAUGGACGCCUCUGGAGAACAAAAAUGGCGAGUAGUAAUAGACUAUCGCAAACUCAAUGAAUGUACCAUUGACGAUAAAUACCCUCUCCCUAAUAUCUCCGAUCUCUUAGACCAACUUGGAAAAUGUCAAUAUUUCACAACUCUAGAUCUUGCCUCCGGUUUCCAUCAGAUCGAAAUCGAUCCCAAAGACAUUCCUAAAACAGCUUUCUCCGCAGAAAACGGACAUUACGAAUUUACUCGUAUGCCUUUUGGACUCAAAAAUGCACCGUCCACAUUCCAGCGUGUCAUGGACAACAUUCUCCUAGGUAUUUUAAACGAGCGAUGUCUUGUCUACAUGGACGACAUCAUAGUAUACUCUCCUACCAUUCACGACCACAUUUCCCGUCUUACUGAAGUCUACCAAGAUAAAUUUGACCUAUCGCAAAUCUAUUACGUCGAAAAUCAACUCGAAUUACCAAUUUUAGAAAUAUUUUCGUUUAUCUUUGCCGAUAAAAAAAUAAAAAUCAGAAUAUGUCAAGAUGUCAUUAAAACCCCAGAACAAGACGAAAUACCCCCAAUAUUGGAUCACUAUCACCGUGGUAAAAGCAAUCUCCAUCGGGGAAUAAAUGAGACCAUACGAAGAAUAAAAGAAAAGUAUAAUUGGCAAGGCAUCACAAAGGAUGUAGAAAAUUUUAUAAAAAAUUGUGAAAUCUGUCAAAAGGUGAAGAUAUGUAGGAAGAACUUAAGCAACCCGUUAGUCAUUACCGAAACACCUAAAACACCAUUCGAAAGAGUUAACAUAGAUCUUUUCGAAUACCUUACUAGAAAUUACGCUCUAACUAUCAGAGACGAGCUCACUAAAUUUACCCAAGCAUUUCUUGGACUGAUUCCAGUCAUCUACCCCCAGUAUACGUUAACCCCAAUUAACAACACCGUUGGAGUCUUCUUUCAUGAAGAAACCAAUCUCAAAAUUUCAAACGACAAAUGGACCCUCCUGGUAUACAAAGACAUGCAACCAAUCAGAGAUGUUAUCGACAAAAAUGACAGAAUCUUAGACAAUUUAUUAGAUACUAUUGAAGAAAAUGUACCUCGAAUGCUGGCAUUCAAAUCUGAAGUCCAAACUCACAUGUCUCCUCAAACAAAUAUCUAG